AUGCAAACCGAAGUUCCGGUUCUGGCGGUCAUGAAAGAGCAGAGGGAGGAGUCACGGCUGGACCCGGCACGACUGCCCCUCAGCACCCGCGGCGCGCGCAUCGUGGAUCGCCUCGGGUACGGAGUACGGCUGCGCUGCGUGAACUGGUACGGCGCGCACAUGCACGAACUCGUCGUAGGCGGGCUACAUAAACAACCGCUUGCCGCCCUGGUACGCUCGAUCCACGUGCUCGGCUUCAACUGCGUACGGCUGCCGUACUCUCUGGAGAUGCAUCUUCGGCGCCCGGAUGCCAGGCCUCCGGCACCAGCCGUUCGCGCCAACGCAGAGCUUCAGAACAUGAGCGCGCUGGCCAUCUUUGACGCGACAGUCAACGCGCUGGCAGAUGCCCACAUCAUGAUUGUGUUGAACAAUCACCAGGGCCAGGCUAUGUGGUGCUGCAGUGAGGAUGAUGGAGAAGGAUUGUGGUACAGCCAGGAGUACCCGGAGGAGGACUGGGUGCGGUCGCUUCGUACGCUUGCAAGGCGCUACCGCGACGUGCCUUACGUGAUUGGCUUCGACCUCCGCAAUGAGCUGCGGGGAAUCCCUGCAACAGUGGCCAAGAGCCUGGGGCUCUCUCCACGAGGAUAUCGCUUCUGGCCCCAGUGGGGCCCUGGUGGAAGUGGCGACUGGGGUGACGCCGCUUUGCGAGCGGGCAGUGCCGUCCUCAAGGAGAAGCCAGAGGCCUUGAUUGUUGUCGAGGGCCUGGAUUUCUCCACCGACCUGCGUGGCGCUCGACAGCGGCCCUUGCACCGAGAGGCGCCUCUGCGUAACCGUGUGGUCUAUGAGGCCCAUGACUACUGCUGGUACCACGUCAACUUCUUCCGAGCGUGGAUGAUAUAUUGGCUCUCCAUGGGCUGGGCUGCGCAGGUCGUUUGGCGGCUCUUCAUGCGAAGAUCCGCGAAAACGAGCCCGUCGCACGACAACGUGCCGACGCGUUCGGGGCCAGCGUGCGGAGGAGCGCUGUCCACAAAGAUCUUGCUCACCAUGAGCGCGUUCGCCUUCAUGAUUAGUUGCUGGACUGUCUCCUAUUCAGCCUUCCGUGCCAAGCUGGAUCAUCGCUGGGGAUUCCUUCUGGACGGCGAGGCGCCUGUGUGGCUUGGCGAGUUUGGAACCAACGGCUACUGGAUUACAGACAGCUGGUCCGCGGAGGUUGGCGAAGUGCUCUGGCUCAGCCACAUCCUGCGAUACAUGCAUGAGCGGGACCUGGACUAUGCUUACUGGGCGCUGAAUGGCGAUAAGGCAGGAGACGAUGACGAGACUUUCGGGCUCUUGAUGCAGGACUACCAGACCAUUCGCCACCCUUGGCUGAUGAAGCUUCUGAUCGCUGCAGCCUUGGCACGACACGUGGCCUCCGACUCAACGCGCGCCGCGACUGGUGAAAAGAGCCUGCUGGACGGGAAGCUGAACUACACUAGGCUGGCGCCAUGGCAGCUGCAGGCCUUCCCUCCCUACCAGACGUGGGGUCUGCUCCUGGUACCAGGCGACGCGCAGCGAGCCUACUUUGCUCAGCAACCCAGGCUAGCUGGCUUGGCUUCUCAGCCCGUGCCGCCGUCCCCUGCGAGGUACCAUCCUGCUUUGGCGCGGAGGGAAGCGCCUCGAGCCUCCAGCGCCACCAACCUCCGCGCCACGGCGCUCGCGGCGCCGGCGCCCGCGGCGCCCAGCCCGCGCUCCGGUACCCGCUCGCCUCCGCGACUCUGCGCCAACCGGACAGAAGCCAGCCUCCAGAGCCUGCCACAAGCCAUCGUUGCGACCCCGGUGGCCGCAAUCUCUGGCAUCAGCUCAGCUGGGGGCAUGCCCAACCCUUCCCAGCGGCCGGUGGUGCGAUCCUACGCGCCUCCGCGCGUGGUCGUGCCUGCCUGGGCUUGGCUGCCCUCGCUGCCCUCGCCGAAGCCAGUGUGCCGCGAGAGUGGUCCCACAGCCAGACCCGACGUGGCUCUCAUCCCUACCCCCAACCGAGUCCGGUCCCUGAACCCAAGUGGGCAGAGCGCCCCCGGAAGCGCGUGCCCAAGCUUCCUCGCAGGCCCUCCGAUCCGAGCGACGCUCUCUGGGGGCGUGCCUGUGCACGCGCGCGCCGUUGUUUGGCGGGUCAAGAGCGUUUCUCCCCCUCCUCGUGACUCUGGCCGACAGGCCUGCUUGCAAGUUGGCUGA